CAACAUUUUAAUUUUUUAUAAGAUUCAGAAGCUAUGGAAAAUAAGUUAAAUUGUAGAAAAAACAUGCCAAAAGAAAAAUCAACGAGGGCGAAAAAGAAGAAGGGAGGUGAAGUUAUGAGAAAGGGGCGAACAAAUAAAAAUGUGGAAGGACCAGUUGAAUUUCAAGAGCAGACGACAAUGGAGACAUCAACAAAUAAUGGAUUUGAGGGAGAAUUGGAUGUAUCACCCAGAGAUGAACCAUCGGGAUUCCGCAUGGAGAAUUCCAGGGAAACCAUUCGAGAACAACAGGUAUGGGUAGUGGGCUCAUCAAUAGUCAAAAGAGCAUUUUUAGCAGCUAGAAUCAGACCAGAUGGAGUUAACUUGGGACUAAUGGAUAGAUUAAAUGUGUCUAUUUGGUGGCAAGGAAAAGGGGGUAUGGGCUGGUAUGAAAUGUACAACAAGAUCAAAACAUUGCUGAAAGUUGCUGACCCCCCUGAUUACAUUAUUCUACAUUGUGGUGGUAAUAAUAUUGGGUACACACCAAUCAAACAGCUUAUACAAGAUAUGAAAGGUACAAUUGACAAAAUUUGGAAACUUUUACCCAAUACAAAGCUUGUAUGGUCACAAAUAUUGCCUAAAAAGAACUGUUCAAUAACCGAUUCUGCAAGCAACACCAUGUCAUCAGCAUACAUCAAAAUAUAA